AUGGCUCCUCAUGACUUGAAAGUAUUUCUAGCUCUCCUCUCGGCGACUUGCGCCUCCUCACAAUCCACCGUAACUGUUUGGUCAUCCUUCGCAUACAUUUUCCAUGGCGAACGUACACCGAUAUGGGGCCCCGCGGCAGGCCACGCCAGUCUGACCCCGUACGGCGCCCAGCAACUCUACGCACAAGGCUCCGUGUUCAGAGACCGAUACCUUUCGGCCAAUACGACCCUCAGCGACGAAGAGAAUGAAGUCACCAAAAGCUUUCCAAUCGUUGGUGUCGAGCGAAAUGCUCUCGACAAUUCCCAACUGUCCAUCUUCUCCACCGCGGAUGACUUCGUGACGGGAGGCGCUUUGGCCUUCAUGCAGGGCUUGUAUCCUCCUAUCACCCAAGCAUUUGCUUACAAUAACGGCGGUAUGAACGCGUCGGUGCUUGCGAAUGGUUCCUUGGUCAACUACCCACUGGAAGGUUACCAGUACCCAAACAUUCAAUCGAUGUCUACGCUGGAGCCCAGCUCAAUAUGGCUGGAUGGUCAUGUCACAUGCACCGAGUGGUGGAAGUCUGCCAAUGAUUUCAAAACCAACCCGGCCAGUGCCGACUUGUAUAACCAAACUUAUUCGUUCUACAAAAAUCUGUGGUCCACGACGUUUGCAGACACUAUCCCGAUGACUACCGUCACUUUGGACCAUGCAUACGAUCUCUACGAUUACGCUCGAUAUCAAUACAAUCACAACGAAACAAUUCGCGAAACACUGAGCGCAGACGAAUUGAACAUACUCAUGACGCUUGCUGGUGAUCAUGAGUUAUCCUUGAAUGGCAACCUAUCUGUCUCAGGCUUGAAGGAAGGUGACAUGAUUCGAGCUAUUGCCGGACGCACCCUCGCUGGCAAAAUUAUAGCUCAGUUUCAGGCCCAAAUCGCUUCGGGUGGUUACUCCAACAAAAUGAGCCUGAUAUUCGGCUCUUACGAGCCCAUGCUGGCCUUCUUUGCAUUAUCUGAUCUGUCUGACGGCCAUGCAUCGUCGCUGUUCACUUUGGUCCCUGAGCCUGGUUCGGCUAUGGUGUUUGAACUAUUCAGCGUGGGCAAUGACUCGUCUUCAUAUCCUGUGAAUGAGGAUCUAUGGAUUCGCUUUCUCUACCGCAGUGGUACUAAUGCCACAGCGCCUUUUGUGGAAUAUCCACUCUUCGGGCUCGGGAACUCGCAAGCCCGCAUGAGAUACCACCAGUUCAGAGCAAACAUGCUGGACUUCGCCGUCACGGACACCGCAAUUUGGUGCGACACGUGCGGUUCUGUCACUUCCUUUUGCGCAGCUCUCGAGGAUAUCAGCAGCAGCUCAGAGUCUUCUCAGGGGAACACAGAUGUUACGGUUUCCCCCACAGUUGCUGGCGUAAUAGGGGCUGUCGUGGCUAUGGCCAUCUUUGGACUCGUAUCCGCUGCAGCUAUUGUCUUUGGCGGGCUGAGGAUUCGCCGUGUGGAGCCUGUACGCAAGAAUAGUCUAGGGGGCUUCAAGGGAGCCGAGAAGAUGGCGUCGGAUCUAGACGUCGCAAUUGUGAAAAGUGGAGCCAGGCACGAGCGUGUUGGCAGCUGGGAGCUUGGUGGCUCAGGAGGACCGGGACCAAAUGUCGGUGCGGGCACCGCAAAGGAUGGAACAACUUUUGGUGCGAUUGUGACACGCCAUGAUGAUGCCGACAGCAUCAUGAAUCAAGCUCCCACGAAGCCGCGUGAGAGUGUGUGA